AGAAAAACAAACGCACAACAACAACAACAACAAACGUGGCAAUAACUAAAACAGAAAGCUUUCGCAAGUUAGCAGCAGCAGCAAAAACAACAACAACAACAGAAACAACAACAGCUACAACAACAGCAACAACAAGCAAGCAGAGCCCGUGAGAGUGCAAGUGAAUCUAACAGUGUUCGUGCGUGCGUGUAUGUUUGUAUAUGUGUGUGUGUGCUCAAGUGUUGUGAGUGAGCGUGCCAGAGAGUGAGAGCCAGAGAGAGAGAGAGCGAGCAAGUGAGCGCGUGAGCGUAAGCAAGAGCGUGCUAAAGCAGAGGCGACAAUAAGCAGCGACCGUUAAGCGAAAUAACGGCCAAAGCCAAUUGCGCAUAGAACAAGCACAGAAGCACAUUCGUAAGCGCAGAGAAGCCCAAAAUAAAUAACUCACGAAAAUACACAACAAAAAGACAAACAAAAAUUAACAAAAAUUUCAAAAUAUAAACAUAUUACAAUCGAAACACUAGUGAAAAAAAGGCAAACAAUCAAAAACGGCUGGAAAAGUUUUAAGUGUGACGACAACGUUACCGUUGUGAAAAUGGUAAACAAAGCCCAAGGAAAACAGGCGAAGGCAGACAAGGACAAACAAGCUACGCAGCAACAGGAGAAGUCGCAGCAGCAGCAGCAACAGCAGCAACAGCAGCAGCCACAGGUGCUACAAGGCAACAAAAACAAUGGCAGCAGCGGCAACAACAACAAUCAAAUGAAAACAAACGAGAAGACCAAAAAUGGAAACAACAAGUGUAACAACAACAGCAACAACAACAAUGCAGCGCGUGCCAAGCCUGGCAGCAACAAAGCACAACAGCAGCAGCAGCGCAGCAGCAAAAAGGCGCGUCCGCAGCGGCAGCAGCUCUUCUUUCAGCCGCUGACGCGCAGCAGCAACAGCCAGCAGCAGCUGCUGCUGCAGCGCACAACAUGCACACAAGACGCCGUCAGCAACAGUAACAGCAGCAGCAGCAGCAAUAAAAACAGCAGCACGCCAACAACAGCAGCAACAACAGCAACAUUAACAGCAACAGCAACAUUAACAGCCGCCGUUAGCAAUGUAAGUGCCGCCGAUAUGUUAACAGCCGCCUUGGCCGUGCCCUGCGCCAAAUGCUCAAAGCCCGCCAUGCUGCCCGCCGGCCUGCUGCCCUCGUCUGGCUCCAGCAGCAGCGCCAGCUCGGAGGCCAGCAGCAGCAGCUACAGCAGCAUUAGCAGCGGCAGCAGCAGCAGCAGCAGCAGUAGCAGCAGCAGCAGCAGAAGCAGCGAUCCGCGGCAGCAGCAGCAGUCGCAACAACUGGAGGCAGCCAUCAUAUAUCCGGGCAAACAAUAUCGCAAAUCCAAAUCCUAUUUGGGCGUCUCCCAAUACGCAACCAAAGCAACAGCUGGCAACAGCAGCAACAACAGCAACAACAACAGCAACAUACCGUAUAGACGCUCGCAGAGCGAUCGCCGCAAUUCGUUCGAUCGCACCUUUGCGGAGCGUAAUCGUGAUUUUGUGCCCAUCGUACAGCCCUUGCGUCCCGUUCUCUCCUCAUCGAACAUUGCGGGUGUCAUAGCCAGCGCCAGCGCCAGCAAGCUGACCAUCAUCGAGCGUUUCGGCAAAGGACGCGUCGCCUAUCCCAUUAUGCAGUGCGGGACACUAGACGGAGCCGCCGAACCGUUAUUUCAUCAGCAGCGCAACAACAGAAUGGACGUCUAUCAGAUCGAUGAUGGUUUCCACUCGGAUGGCGGUACCGAGACACCGCCGCCGUCGCCCAGUUCGGGCUCCUCGAUAGCCUCGACCUCGGACCACGGUUCGCUGGAGAGCGUUGAUACAGGGGGAACACAACGGCUGGCGGUGCUAUCGUUUGAGCAGGUGCGCAAGCUGCACAGCGUCAUGGACGAGAAGGUGGCCAUACAUGGACGCGGCAAUUUUCCAACACUGGAGGUAACGCUCAAGGAUCUGGUGAAUCUGGUGCGUCGCAAGCUGGAGGCAGACGUGAACACCGGCGGCGCCGGUGUCCUAGUUAAGGAUAUACGACUAAACGGCGGCGCAGCUAGUCAUGUGCUGGCCAGCGAGGAUCAGCCGUACAAUGAUCUGGACCUGAUCUUUGCCAUCGAGCUGAGCUCACCGCGCGUCUUUGAUCGGGUCAAGACCGCCGUGCUGAACACGCUGCUCGACCUGAUGCCCGAGGGCGUCUGCAAGCGCCGCAUCUACACGGGCAGCCUCAAGGAGGCCUAUGUCGGCAAAAUGGUCAAGGUCAACAAUAACAACGAUGGCGAUCGCUGGUCCCUCAUCUCGCUGGGCAAUUCGCCUGGCCAUAAGAAUGUCGAGCUCAAAUUUGUGGACACAAUGCGGCGUCAAUUUGAAUUCUCUGUCGAUUCAUUCCAAAUUGUCUUGGACUCGUUGCUGUUGUUCUACGAUUGUGCCGCCUUGCCCAUAUCGGAGAAUUUCUAUCCGACCGUUGUGGGCGAAUCGGUCUACGGCGAUUUCCAGGAGGCACUGUAUCAUUUGCAAAAGAAACUGAUCUCAACGCGCCAGCCGGAGGAGAUACGCGGCGGUGGUCUAUUAAAAUAUUGUAAUCUAUUGGUGCGCAACUAUACGGCCGUCGAUUCACAAUUGAUCAAGACUCUGGAGCGUUACAUGUGCUCACGUUUCUUCAUAGACUUUCCCGAUAUAAGCACACAGACAACCAAGCUGGAGGCCUAUUUGCGCAAUCAUUUCUGGGGCAUUGAGGAGGAGCCGCUGCAAUAUGAGUAUCUCAUGUAUUUAUAUAACGUUGUCGAAAUGUCCACCGUCUGUCUGAUGGGACAUGAGCGCCGCCAGACGCUGUUGCUCAUUCACACGCUGGCCCAGCAGGUCAAGCAGGCACAGGAGCAACAGUAUCAUCAUCAGCAGCAGCAGCAGCAACAGCAGCAGCAACAUCAUCAUCACCAGCAGCAGCAGCAGCAGCAGCAGCAACAUCACCAACAACAGCAGCAGCAGCAACAUCAUCAUCACCAUCAUCAUCAGCAACAACAUGCCGCAUACCUGCAGCAGCAGCAGCAACAGCAGCAGCAGCAGCAGCAGCAGCAGAUGGAGCCACAGCCGGCGCAGUCGCCGCCCGUCUUGGCGCUGGUCUCGACAACGCCGUCGCAGCAGACGCCGCAGACGCAAACGAUCUAUGUGCAACAGGCAGCGCCGGCCAGUGCCACAAUUUGCUGCAGCAACACGACAGCAGCAGCAGCAGCAGCAGCGGCAGCAGCAGCAGCGGCAGCAUCGCCAGCGGCAACGGCAGCGAACACAACAGCAACUGUUGCUGUUGAUGCACAGGUGGCCCAGCCGCAGACCAUACAGAUACAGGCGGGUCCGCCGGGCUUGAUCUAUGCCAAUGGCGUUUACUAUGCACCUGUGAUACCCAGCACCAUUUGCACCUGCAAUUCCACCUGGCUGAGCACGUGAUUGGAGCUGGAGCAGCAACAGCCACAGCCAACGCAGCAGCAGCAGCAGCAGCAGCAGCAGCAACAGCAAC